UCCCGGCGGCGGGGGGGACUCGGGGGGGGGUCCGGUCUCCGCUCCCUCCCGUCUCAUGUCCCGCUUGGGGGCUCCGCCCGGCUCCCCGCGGCGCUUCGGGGCGCUGAGCACGGCGCAGCUCCGGGCGCUGCUGCAGGACGAGCGGCGGCUGCAGCGAGCUGCGCGCCUCUGCAGGAAGUUUCAGAGUCUGCAGCUGGAGCGGGAGAUGUGUUUGGCUUCCAACUGCACCCAGGCCAGGGUGAACCUGUCCCUGCGCCCGCGGCUGGAGGACGGGAAGGCUUCCCUAGCCAUCAAGUACCAGGAGCUGCAGGAGAUACGAGAGGCGUGUUGGGACAAGCAGCAGCGUCUGGAGGCAUACCUGGAGAAGUGGAGCCCGCAGAAAGCCCUGGACCAGCUCCAAGCAAAGCUUGAUGCCUCUGAGGCAGAGUCAGAGGCACAGGUAGAGCAGUUCCUGGCCCAGGACCUGCCCCUUGAUUCCUUCUUGGAGUCCUUCUGCCAGAGCCGCACACAAUCCCACAUCUGCCGGACGCAGCUGGAGAAACUGCAGGAGCUGCUGCAGAAGGAGCAGGUGGGCAGGGACCCUGCGGCCCCCACGGGGCGCCCAGGUGCCCUGGCACCAGCCCGCCUUCCCCCACUGCGGUGUGGAGUAGCCCCUAAAGCUUUUGAUCUGUCUUAUGGCUUUGUGCCUGCCUUUCUUAUCCCUUCGGAGGCUGUUGUGCCCUUUGCCAUGCCAACUGCCCCUCCCAAGCAUCAUCUCCCAGCCCUAGGACACCAAGCAGCAGCUCCCUGCUCCAAAAUCCCCAGCCCGGGCUCACCCCUGCGCCUCCUCGGACACAUCCCCCUGCUCAGCCCCCAGCGCUCCUGCAAGCAGCAGCAGCACCAGCAACGCCAGAAGCAGGAGCCUCCGCACCGGUAGCGGGGCAGGGAGAGGGGAUGUCCCUUCUCCUGGCUCUGUGCCUCCAUGGGGACUGUGCAGGAACCCCCUGGCUGGGGGGCAUGGGGGGCAGGGGGU